GUAUAUAGGUAAAGAGGAGAGCAUUCCAAAAAAAAAAAAAAAAAAAGACUGUGCCCAUGAAUGUGUUAUAUCACUUUGGUGGGAUAAGAACACUGGCUGCAGUAUACUGAUGGUGAGGACGACGUUAUCGGCGUGAGUCUCACAGCAGCCAGCAGCCCCCCGGAGGAACGGGAGGGGGGAGUGAGAGAGAGAGAGAGAGAGAGAGGAGAGGAAGGGAGCGAGCGAGAGCGAGAGAGAGAGAGGGCUUCUCUGUUCAAAUGACUAGGAGUCUGAUUCGUGGAAGGUACCCUGCCGUUACCGGAGUAUUUCGCCAGCAUUAGCCCUAGAUUGGGAUCUAUCGUCCUGUCCAGGUUGCUGUUGUUGUUGCCACCCUCGGAUUUCAGCGCUCGGCGCUGCUCGGGAGCUUUCACUGCCUGUGAUGGAAAAGAAUGCCAUGCUUACAAACUGCCUUUGGGCCUCUGUCUUCAUUGUGUGUACACUGUGUGGAAUAAGCUCUGGCCAGCAUGCUUCAGCUGACGAAAUCACGGACAAUACUACAAUAUUCACACAAAUUUUGGAUCGUCUAUUAGAUGGCUAUGACAAUCGUCUUCGACCUGGACUGGGAGAGCGUGUAACCGAAGUGAAAACAGACAUCUUUGUCACAAGCUUUGGGCCAGUAUCUGAUCAUGAGAUGGAAUAUACAAUUGAUGUGUUUUUUCGACAAAGCUGGAAAGAUGAACGAUUGAAAUUCACAGGACCCAUGACAGUUCUUCGACUAAACAACUUGAUGGCCAGCAAAAUCUGGACACCAGACACAUUUUUUCAUAAUGGGAAGAAAUCAGUGGCACACAACAUGACCAUGCCUAAUAAAUUAUUAAGAAUUACAGAAGAUGGAACUCUACUUUAUACAAUGAGAUUAACAGUACGAGCAGAAUGUCCUAUGCAUUUAGAAGAUUUCCCAAUGGAUGCACAUGCUUGCCCACUGAAAUUUGGCAGCUAUGCCUAUACACAAGCUGAAGUUGUCUACAAAUGGACAAAGGAGCCAGAGAAGUCAGUUGUGGUUGCUGAGGAUGGGUCUCGAUUAAAUCAGUAUGAUCUUAUGGGACAGACUGUAGACUCAGGUGUUGUCCAGUCAAGUACAGGUGAAUACAUUGUCAUGACCACCCACUUUCAUUUAAAAAGGAAGAUUGGCUACUUUGUCAUUCAGACCUACUUGCCGUGCAUCAUGACAGUAAUUUUAUCUCAGGUCUCCUUCUGGCUGAACCGAGAGUCAGUACCUGCGAGGACUGUGUUUGGAGUGACAACUGUACUUACUAUGACCACACUCAGCAUCAGUGCAAGAAGCUCACUGCCAAAAGUGGCCUACGCUACGGCAAUGGACUGGUUUAUCGCUGUCUGCUAUGCGUUUGUUUUCUCUGCUCUGAUUGAAUUUGCCACAGUGAAUUACUUCACCAAAAGGGGUUAUGCAUGGGAUGGCAAGAGUGUUGUCCCACAAAAGCCAAAGAAAGUAAAGGAUCCACUAAUUAAGAAAAACAAUACGUACUCAGCAGCUGCAACAAAUUAUGCACCAAAUAUUGCAAGAGACCCAGGACUUGCAACUAUUGCAAAAAGUGCAGCCAUAGAGCCAAAAGAAAUUAAACCAGAGCAAAAGCCUGCAGAACCGAAGAAAACAUUCAACAGUGAGAGCAAGAUUGACCGGAUGUCACGGAUUGCUUUCCCACUACUUUUUGGAAUUUUCAACUUAGUUUACUGGGCGACAUACUUAAACAGAGAACCUGUUUUAAAGGGCCCUGAAGCCAUUCAUUAACUGUUAUUAGGUGUCAGAAGAGGCAUUGUGUUCAGUUCUGGGAAGGCAUUGUUUCUGCCAAAUGCAGUGCUUCUUUGUAAAAUCAUUGACAUCAGUAUCAUCAGUACUAAUACAUAAUAGUCUUUAUUCAUCUGUGCAUCUUCCUUGAUAAUCAUUAACCUCAUUACCUCAAGUCUUCUCUUGUUACAGUUUAAUACUGUCUGCUUUAUUGUGUAUAGAAACAUUCUAAGCUAGACUACUGUUUAGGAAUGUGACUCGUAGCAAGAGGGAAGUAAUAAGACUGCUGCUAUACAUUUUAGGGCAUACGAGAUCAUAGGAGGUGUGGUGUAAUAUCAAAUUAUUUGAAGUAACAUUAUGUGCUUUCGAAUAUGUUACUAUCAUCUGAUGUUGGGAAUCACAAGAAUCAAAUUGUUUUCACAUGAAGUUCAUUUAUGCCCUGUAAAUAAUUUAAUUUUAUUAUAAUAAUAAUUGGGUGAUACAUUUUAAUUUUGUCAAAACACUGAGUGUUUGUUUAAUUUUAAAAACUGUACAUGCCCUGUAGAUUCUUCUUUUGUUUUGUUUUUAUCUGGCAGUUCUUUAGAAUAAGAAAAAUCAAUGCAAACGUGCUUUUAUUUAUUUCUGAAAGUCAUUCUGGACUAAGCAGUUAUCGCCAUUAUUAAAGAGGUUCAGUAGCUGGACAGCAUGCUGCUUCAAAUCAUAUUCAAUAUUUCAUGACUACAUGGCUCUUCUGUUUAAUAAGCUCCAAGAUUACAUGGUUAGAUUUCACUCAUGAUAUAUUUCUGUAUCCGUGAAGUUGCAUGGUUUUAUUUAUUCCUUUUUUGCAUAGCAGUAUUAACCCUUACAUCCUGUCUAAAGAGCUGUGCAGUACCUGAGAAUUAUCUCAGCCUCACUCAAGAUCUACAAAGAGGCAGAACCUUCAAUGCAGGAGUGCUGAUCCAUUGCAGGAUGACAGUCACAUUUCCAGAAUGGCAGAUAAAUACUGCAAAGACAAAAGCCUGUGCCAGCACAGGCACAGGGCAUCUUUGGGAGCUCUAAUGUGACAUUGUCCUGUGCAAAGGAGAUGACCUGCAAAAUAUGAGAAAAAUAAAAAGUAAAAAUUCAAAAGUGUAGAAAAAUAAUCUUUGAUUUUACUGCUGUUGCUAUAAUUUCACAGUGGUCGAAAACUUAUGGAAAAAAGGUGGGAGGGGGAUCACUUGAUUUAUAUGAUUGUUCCAAAGAGGUGCAACCUAAUUCUCCGUUUUGCAUAUGCAAAUGGAAGGAUGGAUAUAUGGAUGGACAGAUUUGGCUGACAGGAAUGUUUAGAUCAUCUAUUUUAGAUGAAGAACAGCCUCAGAAAGCAUGCAGUCAUUUUUAUAGCAUGAUAUGUAUUGUAGACAACCAUUUUUACUACACCAUACUUACGCAUAUUUCUUGGUUUGCUUCAGAUUUAGCUGUACUUUCAUUUUUUUCAGGGACUACCUAACAUUACAUAUUAAUUGCUUGAAUGUUUAAAGCCAGUCAUAUCCGCUAUUUUUUCACAUUGUUUUGAAAUACAAAUUGUAUAAUGAAUGUAGUGGAGUUGCUUAUGGUAAAGAGUUCAAAACAUA